AUGAUACCCAGCCCACUCACUGUUUUCUUCAUGAUCAUCUAUUUGCUUGAAUCCUUGACCAUAAUUUUGCAGAGUAGCCUAAUUGUUGCAGUGCUGAGCAGAGAGUGGGUACAGGUCAAAAGACUGUCACCUGUGGACAUGAUUCUCAUCAGCCUGGGCAUCUGCCGCUUCUGUCAACAGUGGUCAUCAGUGCUAUUCAAUUUUUGCUCCUAUUUCAACCCUGGCUCUACAUAUCGGUACAUGUCAGUCUUCUGGGAAUAUACUAAUACUCUUACAUUCUGGUUAACCACCUUGCUUGCUGUCGUCUACUGUGUCAAAAUCUCUUCCUUCACCCACCCCAUCUUCCUCUGGCUGAGGUGGAGAAUUUUGAGGUUGGUUCCCUGGAUGUUGCUGGGCUCUCUGCUGAUUUCCUGCGUGACAAUCAUUUUUUCAACUGUUAGGCAUCACAGCGAGGUUCAGUUAUUCUCCAUGAUGCAGUCCCCUGGAAACAACACUGUGACUGAGAGACUGAUGACCUUUGUGAAAAAUAUGAUGAUAUCUCAGCAAAUGGUUGCGCUGGCUAUUCCUUUCUUCCUGUUCCUGGCCUCCACCGUCCUGCUCAUAGUCUCAUUGACCCAACACUUGGGGCAGAUGCAACAUCACCACACUGGCCACAGCAACUCCAGCAUGAAAGCUCACUCCACUGCCCUGAGGUUUCUUGCCUUCUUCCUCAUCGUUUUCACCUCUUACUUUCUGAGCAUAAUCUUCUGCACUAUGCACAUCCUAUGGGAAAUGAAAUCCUGGUUCUGGGCCGGGGAAACUAUCAUCUAUGCUAUAGUCUCUAUUCAUUCCACUUCACUAAUGCUGAACAGCCCUAAAUUAAAAAAGGGCUUAAAGGUAAGCUGCUGUGGCCUAGAGGCUGCAUAA